AUGUCACUGCUUCACCUUCAGCUGCUAGUGCUCCUGUGUCUUGGAGCCACAGAGCCACAGUCAGAUUCACAGCAGAGGAAAAGAAGGCCACUUCAGCGCCUUUUCUAUUUGGACAGAAAUCUACUUGAAAGCCAGAGUUUUCAUGAGUUGGUGGGGGAAAACCCAGUAGGUGUAAAGGAAACCCAGGAAGAGCCAAGCUUUUUUAUAGCAUUUCCACAGACAGCGGGAGACAGUCAAAAGCAAGGGGAGAAAAAAAUGUCCAGAUUCAUCCUUCCUAAUGCAGAACUCUAUGCACACCAAGAUCUGAGAACCUGGGCAGCACCCAGAGAGAUCUCUCCUGUGGAAAACUUCUCUCCAUCCUACUACUCCAGUAAGAGGGAGGUUGAACCUCCCUAUAGGAAAGAUGCCAAAAAAUUCUGGGACCAUUUCAUGUUAAAGAAGAAUUCAGCUUCUGAAGAGGUUGUUCUGCCAAUCAAGACCAAUGAAAUGCACCAAGAAACCUGCAGAACCCUGCCUUUUUCACAGCGUAUUGCUCAUGAGAACUGUGAGAAGGUGAUCAUCCAGAAUAAUCUAUGUUUUGGCAAGUGUAGUUCCUUUCAUGUACCUGGUCCAGAGGAUCACCUUUACACCUUUUGUUCUAAAUGCCUGCCCACCAAGUUUUCCAUGAAGCACUUGGAUCUCAACUGUACCAGUUCUGUCCCAGUGGUUAAAAAAGUCAUGAUUGUGGAAGAGUGUAACUGUGAGACUCAGAAGAUAGAAGAUCCUCUGCCUGGAUCUCUACAGUCAGAUUUUCUUGGAAAUGUACCUGAGCACAAUUAA